AUGGACAACAGCACAAUCCACAUCCUCGACCCCAAUGGCGAAGUAAUGCUCAUUCUCCGCAACCCCAACGCGCCCUUCGCCGUCUGGCCCGGCAACAGCAACGCCGACACACCCAGUACCCCCAGCACAAACAACCCUCCAGCGCAACCCCACGAGCCCGAAGAAAUCCACCAAUACCGCGUCUCCGCCGCACACCUCACCUUCGUAUCACCGGUAUUCGUGCGAGCGCUAUACGGCAACUGGAAGGAAGCGCUGGCCCUGCGCGAGCAAGGGUGGGUCGAGCUGCGGCUAUCGAACUGGGACCGGGACGCGCUGCUCCUCCUGCUGGAGAUAAUCCACUGCCAGAACGCGCGGGUGCCGUCGGCGCUGAGCCUGGAGCAGCUCGCCAAAGUGGCCGUCAUCGCCGACUACUACGACUGCAAGGACGUGCUGGGGUUCUUUUCGGGGGUGUGGAUCGCCCGGCUGAAGGAGAGGGGUGUGCCGCGCGCGUGGUCCCGCGACCUGAUGCUGUGGCUGUGGGUGUGUUGGUAUUUCGGCGCGGCGGAGGAGUUUGAGGCUGCUAGCGCUGUGGCUAUUGGGCAAGGGGAGGGGUGGAUUGAGGCCCUAGGGCUGCCGAUUCCGGAUCGGGUGCUUGCGCAGAUGAAUGAGCGUCGGCAGCAUGGUAUCCAGGCGUUGAUUGAUGUGUUGUAUGAGCGGCUCAAGCAGUAUUAUGACGGCACCUGGGGUUGUAAUUUUGAUUGCAGCGCGAUGUUGCUCGGCACCCUGGCGAAGCAGAUGCGGCGCAUGGGGUUGCGUCUUUCGCCUCCGACAAGUCCCUUCCCUGCUUUGUCUUAUGUGGGUAUCAGGGACACUGCAAACGCUUUUCGGCCGCCGAGAUGGUACGCCUUUACUCGUCAGCCUCAGAAGCAUAAGUUACUUUGCCUGGCCUGA